AUGUCCGCUCCCAUCCUAGACCUCGCUCCCGCAGACGCCGCCCCGCAACCUCCGGCGGCGUCAUAUCCAGCGACCAAACCCGAGACCGACGAUGACGCCUUUGCCACCGAAUCCAUGCACGCAAGCGAGGAAGAGGUCAUCCCCGUCCCGAUCCAUGGCCGUGUCGUCAAAGCAGAGCAAGCCAUAUCGUUACCGCCGCUCGCCUCGACCCCGCCUCACCAAGCCACGGAACCUGUCGAGCACCCGACUCUGAUGGAGGCGGACCAAGGGCCGCCACCCAAGGAUGUCGUCUACCAGGCCCCAACCCAGCGGAAAGCUGCAAUGGCGGCGCAAGGCAGGAUGGAGGAGAUGCGCGAGGCCGUGGACCCGAAGCGGGGCCGCGUGGCAUCGUCUUCGACUCCAAAGAGACCGGCGAGCAGCGUACCCAAGUUGUCGCUCGACGAGCUGGUUAAGCAGCACCAAUUCGAGCACGGCGGGCAGCUCUGGGAGCUUCAGUUUCGCAGCUGCCAGGCCCCGAGCUCAGACGCUAGCACGCUGGCCCACUUCGUCUCGUCUCGCAACCCCGAUCGGGAGCUGCAAGUGCCGGACUCAGGCUCGUUCAACAGGUCCAUCGACGACGAUACCUGCACACGGCUGCAGAGGACGACGGCCAAGUCAUUGCUGCCCAUCCUGCGGCGCGAGGCCGCUCACGCCAGGCUACCCGAAGCUCUUCGGAGGCAACGCGAGACGGAGUACCGGCAGAUGUGCGAGUUCUGCAACACGAGCAUCUUUUCCGCCAGCUGGUUCUGCCGCUGCUGUGGGCGCGAGUACUGCCCGGAUUGCCAGGAGGCUCUCCGCGACCCCGACACUGCCCAGGACGCCUCGCCCAAGGAGCGCCUCAGGCUGACGAUCUGUUCUCGAGGCCGAGUGCACACUGCCGACGACCUCAUCCCCAUGACUCGCUUCGACAUCGAGAUGCUCGACGAGGAGAUUGCCGUCAUGGAGCGACUUGGGCUGCAGGAAGACGAUCUCUGGGGCGAGUCUCGAGGGUGGGACUCCGAUGCCGAGCCGAACUUCAACGGGCGAAAUCACGUUUCCAAGCACGAGCCGAUCGACUGGCCGACGCUGCCGCCGUACCGGGCAGGGCUCGAGGCCGAUAGACUGGUCGGCUUCCGAUCCUUGCGCCAGUUCGAUCGGCAUCAGAUGAGCAACCGCCUGAUGGAGCGCGAGUGGCGGCACGGCGAGCCGCUGCUCGUGACCGGCAUCCGCGACAUGCGGCACUUCUGGGACCCUCCAGCCUUUGUCGAGCGCUAUGGCCAAGAUGCCUGCCACAUUGUUCGCUGCGACAAGGACCCCGAGCUCGGAAAGCGCGACGACGGCAUCACGGCCCUGACGGACGUCAAGACGUUUUUCAGGACGUUUGGCACCUCGGCCGAGGAGCGCAAGGAGAUGCUCGGCGAAGGAUCGUGGAAGCUCAAGGACUGGCCGCCCUCGGCCGAUUUCAAGGAGACGUUUCCGGAGCUCUACGACGACUUCAACCGGGCCGUGCCCGUGCCGGACUACACGAGGCGCGAUGGCGUCCUCAAUCUGGGGAGCUACUACCCGCGCAACGUCAUCCAGCCGGACCUCGGGCCCAAGAUGUACAAUGCCUGGCCGUCCGACGAGGGGCCGGGCAGCCGCGGGACGACGAGGCUGCACAUGGACAUGGCCGACGCCGUCAACAUCAUGCUACACGCUUCGCCGCCCAAGGGGGUCGACGUUCCCGAGGAGCUGAGACCGGGUGUGGCGGCGUGGGACAUCUUCCCCGCCGAAGACGCCGACACGAUCCGCGAGUUUCUGCGCAAAGAGUUCGAUCCGAAUGGCGCCUUCAAGGACGACCCGAUCCACACGCAGCGCUACUUUAUCGAUGCCGAGCGCCGCGUUAAGCUGUUCCGAGAGUACGGCGUGCAGGGAUGGAGGAUCUACCAGAAGGUGGGCGAGGCCGUCUUCAUCCCUGCGGGCUGCGCGCACCAGGUCUGCAACCUGGCCGACUGCAUCAAGGUGGCGGUCGACUUCGUGUCGCCCCAGAACAUCGAGCGGUGCUUCAAGCUGACGUCCGAGUUCCGGCAGCUCACGAAAGACUUCCGCGCCUGGAAGGAGGACGUGCUGUCGCUGCGGACGACGCUGUGGUACGCGUGGUGCGCGUGCCGGCAGUUCCAAAACGCGGGGCCCUACGUCGCCGAUGCCGCCAAGAAAGACCGGCCGCCAGGCGAGCUCAAGAUGGUGCUGCAGACCAUCCCGGCGUCGCCGUCAGAGGCCGCGGGGCCGUCUUCGCCGUUGCAUCCUGCGCGAUCGCAGGGCAAGAAGCGCGAAAAGGACAGCGGUCAGGCAUCGCCGGCACAGGCGCAGGCAGGCCACGCUUCGGACGCAGACGAGCUGGAACGACCUGCCAAGAAGGCCAGAUCCACGCCUCAGGCCAAGAAGAAGGCGGCCAAGACGUCGACGCCCGCCGGCAAGAAGAAGAUGAGCAGCAGCGGCACCAGCAGCAGCCGGAGCAAGAAGGCGGCGGUGGUGGCGCCCUUGUCUGACGACGACUCGGAGCUGAGCGAGGAGUCGGGAAGCGACUACGACGACGGAGGGUUCGACUCGAGCAAAGCGACGCCGUCCAACGGUAUUGCGUCCAGGGCCAAGGUUCGUGCCAGCGCCAACGCCAACGAUGCAGCUGGGCCCGUCGAGCCGGCGCUCGAGAUUGAGCCAAACAUGCCCGGCGACAGGUCCGUCGACUUCUGGCGCUUCUUGGACAAGCGGAUGAGCAACGACUCCCUGUAUUCGCUCGCCCACUUCUGCCAUAAUCUGUACCGGCAGCGGGGCCUCGAGAUGCCCACCACGUUCGACUGA